GCACUUGGCCGCUCGCUCGGCAGCUCCUCUUGGUUUGGGGUUUUGCAACUGGCAGCUGGCUUUUUUCCCUCCUCCCCUGUCGAGGGCUCUCCUUCUUCUUUUAGGUUGCUCCACCCCGCCCAAGGAUCAGGCGAGGGGGAACCAGUUCAGCAGCUGCCAACUGGCGACCAGCGCGGCCGCGAACACGGGAAGUGGAGCCCUGAGUGCGCGCAGCGGGGCGAUCGCUUCUCCCGCGCCCCGGUGACCCGCGUCCUCCCACUCGCACCCCUUCUCCACUUUUCCCCCCGUUUGCAAUCACAUGGCAUUUUAAGAAUGCUGGAAAGAUGGCGGUAGCGGCGGCGGCUGUGGCUGCGCCGGCUGGCGGGGGAGGCGGCCGGGCGCAACGGAGCGGACUGCUGGAAGUUUUGGUGCGGGAUCGUUGGCAUAAAGUUCUGGUGAACUUGAGCGAGGACGCCCUGGUGUUGAGCUGCGAGGAGGGCGCUGCGGCGUACAAUGGCAUAGGGACUGCCACCAAUGGCUCGUUCUGCAGGGGCUCCGGGACAGGGCACCCCGGGACUGGUGUCACUCAACCCCCGGACUCUCCCGCCGGGGUCCGCACAGCUUUCACAGACCUCCCCGAGCAGGUGCCCGAGUCCAUCUCGAACCAGAAGAGGGGCGUGAAGGUACUGAAGCAGGAGCUGGGCGGGCUGGGCAUUAGCAUCAAAGGGGGCAAGGAGAACAAGAUGCCCAUCCUCAUCAGCAAGAUCUUCAAGGGGCUGGCAGCGGAUCAGACCCAAGCCCUGUAUGUGGGUGAUGCCAUCCUGUCCGUGAACGGAGCAGACCUGCGGGACGCCACCCAUGAUGAGGCAGUGCAGGCGUUGAAGCGCGCGGGCAAGGAAGUACUGCUGGAAGUGAAGUACAUGAGAGAAGCCACACCGUAUGUGAAGAAAGGAUCCCCUGUGUCUGAGAUUGGGUGGGAAACGCCUCCACCUGAGUCACCUAGAUUAGGGGGCAGCUCUGCAGACCCUCUAUCAUCCCAGUCCUUCUCCUUCCACAGAGAUCGGAAAAGCAUCCCCCUCAAGAUGUGUUACGUCACCCGGAGCAUGACCUUGGCGGACCCUGAAAACAGGCAGCUCGAAAUCCACUCUCCAGAUGCUAAGCACACAAUAGUCCUGAGGAGUAAGGACUCCGCCACCGCCCAAGCCUGGUUCAGUGCCAUCCAUUCCAAUGUCAAUGACUUGCUGACCCGAGUGAUUGCUGAUGUCAGAGAGCAGCUGGGAAAGACGGGCAUUGCUGGCAGUCGUGAGAUCAGGCAUCUUGGCUGGCUAGCAGAAAAGGUGCCAGGAGAGAGUGAGAAACAGUGGAAACCGGCCCUGGUUGUUCUGACUGAGAAAGAUCUUUUAAUCUAUGACAGCAUGCCGCGAAGGAAGGAAGCCUGGUUCAGCCCUGUGCAUUCCUAUCCACUUCUUGCCACCAGGCUUGUCCAUUCAGGUCCAGGGAAAGGAUCACCCCAGGCUGCCAUGGAUCUAUCCUUUGCAACACGAACUGGUACUAAGCAAGGAAUUGAAACACAUCUCUUCAGGGCAGAGAUCAGCAGGGACCUCUCCCACUGGACAAGGAGCAUAGUACAGGGGUGCCACAAUUCAGCCGAGCUUACUACUGAAAUCACCGCUGCCUGUACCUACAGAAACCAGGAAUGCCGCUUGACCAUACAUUAUGACAAUGGAUUUUCUAUUUCUACUGAGCCUCAGGAGGGUGCCUUUCCCAAGACAAUCAUACAGUCCCCUUAUGAGAAGCUCAAAAUGUCUUCGGAUGAUGGAAUCAGGAUGCUCUGUUUAGACUUUGGAGGCAAAGAAGGAGAGAUUCAACUCGACCUUCACUCGUGCCCCAAGCCAAUCGUUUUCAUCAUCCAUUCCUUUCUGUCUGCUAAGAUUACAAGACUGGGCUUGGUGGCCUGAACGGAGAGGCGACUUGCCAUAGGAAGGAAAGACUGCAGUGACACAGGACUGUGACAUCAGGCAGUGCACCAAAUGUAGCAUCAGCAGCCAGCUUCGGGUCUCAGGAGUCACGUGUAGUAUCCCAGGCUCCUCUGCCAGUUUGGGGAACUGCAAGGGACACCCUAAAGGAAAUACCACAAGAGAUGUCAGACUAGAACUUCUUAAAACAAAUCGAGGUUAAGGGGGUGAGGGCAAAUGAAUAUCUUCUACAUAGUGGCAACCAAGGAUAUGGCCAUUACAGUAGCAUGUGUAGAUCUUGAUCAUAUCCAUUUCCAGGCAACCGGUCCACCCAGGUAAGCCAGAGCUGAGCAGAUGAGAAAUGCAGAGUCUCACCUACACUUCUACCUGCAUUAAUACUGCUCCCUUGCUUCAUUAUGAUUGAUUUUCUGAUUCAAGUAGAGCUGAUUUUCAUUGGUAGGAAGAGAAAAAAAAAAACAAGAAAAGAAAAAAGAAGAGGAACAGUAGGCAAAGAGAAAUCUGGCUUUUAUUUAAGAAUGAAGCAUGUUAUUUAAUUUUCUUAAUGAGUGAAGUUGGUGUAGAGUGAUUCAAAAGUGUUCUUGUUCGUUCACAUAGGCUGAACAGAAAUGAAAUAAGGCAUUGGAUACUGAGCUGAGCUUUAAGCUGGCAGAAUCUGAGCCAAAGUGGACUGUUGCGAUUACGAAGCUUUCCUAAAGAGUUGCAUAUUCAAAUGAUGACUAAUUCAGACACUGCACUUACACCACGGAUUCUGUCUCAUAACCAAAAUCAAUCCCCUUAUUUACAGAAAUCAAAUUCUGAGCAAUUCUUUAAAAAGACUGCCAUUACACAUGUAUGCACAUGCGCAUGCGUGCACACACGUGUGCACACACACACACACACCACUGGUCACACAGUCGGUGUUUAGCUAUCUGCAUUUCACAGUGUUCAGUGGAAGUACCUUUCAAUGGUCCUUGUUUCUGCCUGUGCUUGCAUGUGUGCAUUUCAAAGUAAGGGAGAUGCUGUUUUAGACGUACAGAACCAGAAGUUUAAUCAAAUCUACAGAUAGCAUCUACAUUAAUUUUGGAAUUUCAGAGGAAUAGUAUAAUGACCUGAUAUUUUUCUACAAGCAUAUUUUGAGGCAAUAUCUAGCCUAUUAGAACUUAUUGCUUUUGCUUUCAUUUUUCCCUUUCAAGAAUCAUUCACUAAAAUCUACACUCGUUAUUUGAUUUUGGAGUUACUUUUCACAAGCCCUGAAAAUUAGCCAUAGAGUUUAUGAUUCUUUUUAGUUCUUCUUUUCCAUAUAGUUUUACAUUAGCACAUGCUCUGUGUCCUGCCUAUGUGUUGGAAGAGUCAUAGUUUAGCAGACACCUAUGCAAAGUGAAACAGCCUAAAUGCCUGUGAUUCAGCUUCCUCAGAUGUGUGGGUUUACUGAGUUGCAGUUGUAUUUUAAACCAUCAGUUUCCUGAAGCACAUCCCAUAUAAUCAUUUCCAAGGGACACUGAGCAGUAUUCUCACUGGGGUGGUGAUUUAGGGGCUUGGUGAUGAAGAAGCAACUUAAGACACAUUAGGGCUUUGUUGGGGUUGCUAGCCUCCCCCAAAAAUCCUGGUCUUCGUUGAUCACAGUCUUCAAGAUAGGGGUGAGAGUUCCAUGCCUUGCACUUCUUUGCAAUGGGGACUCUGUGAAGCUAGUAGGUUUUAUGGACAAUACUUUAGCAAAUCCACCAUAGGACAUUGACUUUUGGUUGGUUUCUUAUUUUAAAAUGUUGAAGAGUGAAGGCCAGCUUUAAUUCUGUGGGAAAGCGUUGAUGCAUUUGUAAAUUGUAUUGCACACUUUCACACUAUAUAUUUUCAGAAAUCACUGGAAUGUUGUUAUACAAGAGAACUAUACUUAUGUAUUGUAAAUAACAUGAUACAUAUAUUAAUGCCAAUAGUUUCAUUCAACAAUAUGUAAUCUAAGGUGCUCGGUACUACAUGAAGUUUGAGUUAAUUAUUCAAGUUGCAAAGAUUCUAUUAUAUAUUUAUAGACAAAUUAAAUUGGUCAUAAUUACAGACGUGGUUUCUUUAUUGCUUAAGUUUUAGACUGAUAUCUGUGUAAGAGUCAACAAAAACUGUCUUCUCCAUUUUUAAACUUUUAAUUUAAAUAUUUAUAUUUUAGGAAAAUAUAUUUGAAUAAGAUCAAUGCAUUUUUCUGAAGUAAAUUAAAAUGUGUUAUUAGCAGGAAAUAGAAAAUUUUACUAAGAGAACUGUGUAUAUGAAUGAUUUUUUUUUCUCCUAAUUAAGGUAUAUCAUAUCAGAGUGGCUAUGAUGAGUCAGUUUCAAAUACUAUAAUUUCUCAGCUUGGAUUCUAAGCAUCAUAUUUAAAUAAUGACUUUAUGGUGUAUUUUUCAUUAGUGUCUUGGUCAAUGAAUCAAAUUAGUCACUUGGGAGAAUUCUUUCUCAGUUUGCUUUGUUCUUAGUUCUGUGAAUUAUAGGACUGAUGAUGCUUGUACCUGGAUGAAAACCAAUACAGGUGAACAAUCCUCUGUUAGUGGGUUGUUGCUCAGUUGCCAGAAGAGUAAAUUCAUUGGUCUGGUAAUAUGUGCACACUACUUCCUCAUCGUAUAGGCAUUUGAAGAAGACCGAUAGAGAUGUCCUUUAUUUCUAACACAAUCUCAGUAAUGGAAAUCAAACUAUUCAAUUAUUAUGAAGCACCCAGACAGAGGUAUUUAAUGAAUGGCAUCAAUGAAGGGUGGGGGUGGUUUUGGGGGUGUAUCUUGAAUUGAUUUUUAAAAUCUGUUUGUGUUUAUAGACCCAUGAACAUCAUGUACAAUUUAUAUGUAAUUAAAUAAAUAUUUGCUUCAG